CUUUGCCUCCAGUUGCAUCAAAUAAGGAAGGCGGCCACUUGCGCAGACACGAAUCGUCCACACGCUAUGAGCAACACCAACGUCGACUUUGAAGCGCGUCUUAGAGCCCUGAGGGAGCAGAACAACGGCAAUCUUCCUCCACCCUCGACAGCAACGCCACCACCGCCACCUGCGCCGCCGACGGCUGCACCGCCUCCGCAGCGGCAGUUGGCGCCGAUGGAGUCGUUUGAAUUUGGCGGAGCAUACGUUGACGGAAGCCCCAUUGGAUCUGACAUUGAAGCUUCCUUCAACCAAGUGCCUUUGUGGAGAGACACGAAAAACUCGGCCAACAGCUACCUCUCCGACGAACCGGCGGUGCCGCCCCCCGCCGCGCUGCUCAACAUGGCCAAGAACGUCCAGGAACGCCAGCAAAGUUUCCGUCAAGCGAGCUUGUUACGCAUGGGCUCGACCGCGAUCCCGCAUCUCCCCAACACGGUGGAAGAGUUCCUCGACGGCGGCGUGUCGUACGAAGGCGCGUUUCGUCUCGUGCAGCUCGCCGUCCAGAUGGAAGCCGACGGCAACCCCGCCGCCGCGAUCCAGUUGUACGUGGACGCAGGUCGCAUGUUGGUCGAAGUCGGGAAGCGCGAAGUGGACCCGUUGCUUCAAAAGGGUAUCCGUCAGAAGUCACACGAGAUGCUGCAGCGCGCGGAAGAACUGGACAAGUGGAUGAACGACGUGGCCGAAGAAGCCCGGCGCGCGGCGCUGCCUCCAGCGCUCAAGAUUGCGCGGACCAACGUGCCCCUGGUGGAGCAGUCGUGGAAGGGUCGGCUGCCGCCACACCACGACGCGGACGAGUUCAAGAGCAUGCGAUACACGGCCGUGGCGACCAAAGAUCCGAUCCAAUUCUCCAACGACAAGUACAUCCUUCGAGUGCAUCAGCUGCAGCGUCAGAUCAAGGUGUUCAUCACAGUAACCAUGUACAACGAAGAAGGCAGCGAGCUCAAGGCGACUCUGACGGGGCUGGCGCAAGGCAUCCGGUACAUGUGCAAAGAGUACGGCGCCGACUACUGGCAGCAUGUAGCGAUCGCCGUCGUGUCGGACGGCCGGACCAAGGCGAGCCCCACAUGUCUGGAGUUCCUGACCCAGCUAGGAAGCUUUGACGAGGAGAUCAUGACGGUGACAUCACUUGGCGUGGACACACAAAUGCACUUGUUCGAGUCCACGGUCCAACUGGUCGAGAACCAGAACUUUGAAAACUUUUACCCGCCGAUGCAGCUCUUGUACGCGCUCAAAGAACACAAUGGCGGCAAGCUCAACUCGCACCUGUGGUUCUUCAAUGCGUUCGCCGAACAACUUAACCCGACGUACACGGUACUCGUGGACGUCGGCACGAUUCCCGCCGAGUCGUCCGUGUUCCGGCUCAUCCGUAGCAUGGAGCGCAACUACCAGAUCGGCGGCGUCGCGGGCGAAAUCGCCGUCGACAAGCCCAACUACUUCAACCCCGUGGUUGCCGCACAGCACUUUGAGUACAAAAUCUCAAACAUCAUGGACAAGUCACUCGAGUCUGUGUUUGGGUUCAUCUCGGUCCUACCAGGUGCAUUUUCCGCCUACCGCUUUGAAGCAAUCCGAGCGGUCAAAGGGGUGGGGCCUCUGCCCGAGUACUUUAAGAGCUUGACGUCAACAACCAAAGAGCUCGGGCCGUUCCAGGGCAACAUGUACCUUGCGGAAGACCGCAUCUUGUGCUUUGAACUACUUGCGAGAGAGGGACGGCAGUGGACGAUGCACUACGUCAAGGACGCGAUCGCCCGCACCGACGUGCCCGAGACGUUGGUGGACCUGAUCAAGCAGCGGCGGCGGUGGCUGAACGGAUCGUUCUUUGCCGGAUUGUUUGCCAUCGGGCACUUUGGCCGCGUGUGGCGGCUGAGCGCCCACUCGCCGUCAAGAAAGCUCGUGUUUACGCUCCAGUUUUUAUACCUCGCGGUUCAGAACUUUCUGUCGUGGUUCCUGCUCUCCAACCUGUACCUGACAUUCUACUUUGUGCUCACGCUGGCCUUGCACAGCCCCACGAACGCCACGCCCAACGCCAUCCUCGAAGUGAUCCUCACCGUGUACUUGGCCAUCGUCGGCGGCCUGCUUGUGUUUGCCCUGGGCAACAAACCCGAGCCCAAGACCGCCAGCUUUUACCUGUUUAGCUGCUUGUAUUUGGGCAUUGUCAUGAUGGUUGUGACGGGUCUAUCAUUCUACGGCCUCGUGGCCAAAGGUGUGACGGCGGUGGACCCGCGCCAAAACUUGACUGACUGCCCCGUGUCCAAGUUGGAGCUCACGGGGGGCGUCGUGAGUUCCCUUGGUCUUGUGUUUAUGUCGGCGUUUCUGCAUGGCGAGUUUUCCAUCUUGCUCAGCUUUGUCCAGUACUUUUUCAUGCUGCCCACGUUUGUCAACAUUUUGGGCAUUUACGCGUACAGUAACUUGCACGACUUGAGCUGGGGGACCAAGGGACUCGAGUCUGGGGGUGGCCACGGACCUGCCAAGCAGGCGGGGGGCAACGUCAAGGACGUCGUGGCCCAGCAAAAGAAGCUAGAGGCGGCGCGCCAAGUCGCCGCCAAGGAGAAGGAGGACGUGGACAACAGCUUCCGCGCGUUUCGGUCGACGCUACUGCUGUCGUGGCUCACCACGAACGCCCUGUGGAUGUACAUCAUCAUGACGUGCGUGGCGACUUCGUGUUACCUCAAGUACCUCAGCUACAUCGUCGCGUGCUUCAACAUCAUCCGCUUUGUCGGCGCCACCACCUUCCUGGCGCUGCGCAUCUGCCGCCGGUUUGGUAUUGGCGGGUGCGUCAAGGGCGUUUCCAAGGACACUUACGACCGCCAGCUCCCCCCCGAGUGGCAAGCGCACCGCACCGGCCAAGCCGCCCGGUUCCGCCCCCAAGAGACCCUGCAGCCGUCCCCCCGAGGACCAUACAAUGCCGUCUAGUGUAAUGUGAUUAACGUUACUAUUGCAUACAUGUACACUUGGAC